AUAUGGCGACAAUCCCAGUUUCUCCCGAAUCUUUUCGACAUCUGCAGUAGAGCAACGCCUUUCUGGGUUCCUUGUAAUGCUUAUAAAAGCUGGUUUUAGUGGAUGGUCCAAUACUUAAAGACCAAGUAGUUACAGGAUGACAACAUGGCUGCUCCCCUUAUGGCACCACCAGGACCUGACAGCUUUAAAUAUUUUACCGCGGAAACAUUGGCUAACAUCGAGCUCCGGAUCAACGAGGAGAAGAACAAACCGCCGCCCAAACAGGACAGCAGUCACCGUGAUGACGACGACGACAACAAACCGAAGCCCAAUAGCGACCUGGAGGCUGGGCGGAAUCUGCCCUUCAUCUAUGGUGACAUCCCUCCUGGAAUGGUGGCGACACCAUUGGAGGACCUGGACCCUUUCUAUCAGGCUCAGAAAACAUUCAUAGUGCUAAACAGAGGGAAGACAAUCUUCCGCUUUAGUGCCAACCCUGCCUUGUACAUCAUAAGUCCUUUAAAUCUUUUCAGGCGAAUAGCUAUUAAAAUUUUGAUACAUUCUCUUUUCAGCAUGAUCAUUAUGUGUACUAUUUUGACCAACUGUAUAUUCAUGACCUUUAGUGAACCUCCUGAGUGGUCCAAGCAAGUAGAGUACACAUUCACAGGGAUUUAUACAUUUGAAUGUCUUGUAAAAGUCGUCGCUCGAGGAUUCUGUAUAGAUGGGUUUACAUUCCUAAGGGAUCCCUGGAACUGGCUGGAUUUCAUGGUCAUUUCUAUGGCAUAUAUAACAGAGUUUGUGGACCUGGGCAAUGUCUCUGCGUUGAGAACAUUCAGAGUUCUCCGAGCAUUGAAAACUAUCUCUGUCAUACCAGGCCUGAAGACCAUUGUCGGUGCUCUAAUACAAUCCGUGAAGAAAUUGUCAGAUGUUAUGAUCCUCACGGUAUUCUGUCUCGGUGUCUUCGCUCUGAUUGGACUACAGCUCUUCAUGGGCAACCUACGACAAAAAUGCGUGAUUUGGCCAAUCAACUCCACCGAGAACUUCUUGGCCAACGGCAGCAUAGGCUUCGACUGGAAUGAAUACAUCAAUAACGACAAAAAUUUCUACUUCCUGCCUAGACAAUUGGAUGCCCUUUUAUGUGGCAACAGUUCAGAUUCUGGCCGCUGCCCUGAAGGCUUCACAUGCAUGAAAGCUGGCAGGAAUCCAAAUUACGGUUACACCAGUUUUGACAGCUUUGGAUGGGCUUUCCUGGCUCUCUUCAGACUCAUGACACAGGACUUCUGGGAGAACCUCUACAUGCUGACUCUGCGGGCAGCAGGGAAGACCUACAUGAUCUUCUUUGUGUUGGUGAUCUUCGUGGGGUCCUUCUACCUGGUCAAUCUGAUCCUGGCUGUGGUGGCCAUGGCCUAUGAGGAGCAGAACCAGGCCACCAUGGAGGAGGCUGAGCAGAAAGAGGCGGAGUUCAAAGCCAUGCUGGAGCAGAUCAAGAACCAGCAGGAGGCUGCACAGGAGGCCGCACAGUCCAACGCCAUGGCGACGUCGGCAGGCACCAUGUCGGAGGACGUAGGGGAUGAUGACGGCGGGGGGACCCUGUCCUGUAGCUCGUCAGAGAUGUCCAAGCUCAGCUCCAAGAGCGCCAAGGAGCGGCGCAACCGCAAGAAGAAGUGGCGCCAGAAAGAACAGUCGCAGCGGGAGGAGAAGGGGGACUGCGAGAAGUUCGUCAAGUCCGAGUCGGACGACGGCAGUAAGAAGAGCCGCUUCCGUUUCCCUGACAACCGGCUAGGCCGCAAGUCUUCCAUCAUGAACCAGUCCCUUCUCAGUAUCCCCGGCUCACCGUUUCUGUCGAGGCACAACAGCAAGAGCAGCAUCUUCAGCUUCAAGGGCGUGGGCUCGGAGAACGAGUUCGCCGACGACGAGCACAGCAUGGUGGAGGAGUGCGAGGAGAGGCGGGGCCCCCGGUUCAGCCCGUACCGGCGGUGCAGCUACACGAGCUACCACCACGGUGGUGGGAAGAGGAACUCCACGGUGGACUGCAACGGCGUGGUGUCUCUGAUCAGUCCGGGGACCGGCGGACGCCUUUUGCCUGAGGUGAAAAUAGAUAAGGCAUCUGGUGACGACAGUCCCACUACUGAGGUUGAGGUGAAGAAGAAGCUGUCUGGUUCCCUGAUGGUGUCUAUGGACCAGCUCAAUACCUCCUUCGGAAGGAAAGAGCGGACCAACAGUGUCAUGAGCGUCAUCACCAACACACUAGCGGAGGAACUGGAGGAGUCUCAGCGUAGUUGUCCACCGUGGUGGUAUAAGUUCUCCAACAUGGUCCUCAUCUGGGAGUGUUGUCCCAUCUGGUUGAAGAUCAAGGAGAUCGUCAACCUGAUCGUCAUGGACCCCUUCGUGGACCUGGCCAUCACUGUCUGCAUCGUCCUCAACACCCUGUUCAUGGCCAUGGAGCACUAUCCCAUGACCCCGCACUUUGAGGAGGUGCUGUUCGUGGGAAACUUGGUGUUCACAGGGAUCUUUGCUGUGGAGAUGUUUGCCAAGUUGGUUGCCAUGGAUCCCUACUACUACUUCCAGGAGGGGUGGAACUGCUUCGAUGGCUUCAUUGUGACUCUGUCCUUAGUGGAGCUGGCAUUGGCUGACGUGGAGGGGCUGUCCGUGCUCAGAUCAUUCCGAUUGCUGAGAGUGUUUAAACUGGCCAAGUCAUGGCCCACACUCAACAUGCUGAUUAAGAUUAUCGGUAACUCUGUGGGCGCCCUGGGAAACCUGACCCUUGUCUUAGCUCUCAUCGUCUUCAUCUUUGCCGUGGUCGGCAUGCAGCUGUUCGGCAAGAACUACAAGGACUGUGUGUGUAAGAUUGCCCUGGACUGUCAGCUGCCCCGCUGGCACAUGCACGACUUCUUCCACUCGUUCCUGAUGGUGUUCCGGGUGCUGUGCGGGGAGUGGAUCGAGACCAUGUGGGACUGUAUGGAGGUGGCUGGCCAGGGCAUGUGUCUCAUAGUCUUCAUGAUGGUCAUGGUCAUCGGGAACUUGGUGGUGUUGAACCUUUUCCUUGCCUUGCUGCUGUCCUCGUUCAGUGCAGACAAUUUAGCCGCAACAGAUGACGACGGAGAAAUGAACAACCUUCAGAUCUCCGUCAUCCGCAUCAAGAAGGGCAUCGCCUGGUUCAAGAUCAAGCUGGCAGAGUUGGUGCUCAGCUUGACCAAAAAGCCUCCGGUGGAGGAUGAACAGAAAACCGUAGACGACAUGUACGACAAGAAACUGAACUGUAUCGCCAACCAGAGUGGUGUGGAUAUCAACCGUGACCUGGACUACACCAAGAAUGGUAACGGCACCGCUAGUGGUAUGGGAAGCAGCUUCGGGAGGUACUUGAUCGACGAGGACCACAUGUCGUUCAUCCACAACCCUAACCUGACCGUGUGCGUUCCUAUUGCGGUCGGAGAGUCUGACUUCGAGAACCUCAACACCGAGGAAUUCAGCAGCGAGUCGGAGAACGAGAACAGCAAAGAUCUGGAUGACACCAGCUCAUCAGAGGGCAGCACCAUAGACAUCAAGCCUGAUGUGGAGGUGGAGGCGGUGGUGGUGGAGGCUGAAGAAGUGUACUUAGACCCAGAAAACUGUUGGACACCUGAGUGUAUUAUCAAGUAUCCUUGCUGCGAUGUGCCCAUCACUCACGGGUGGGGAAAAUAUUGGUGGUUCCUGAGAAAGACAUGCUAUCUUAUUGUGGAGCAUAACUGGUUCGAAACCGUCAUUAUCUUUAUGAUCCUACUCAGUAGUGGGGCCCUGGCUUUUGAGGAUGUGUACAUCCAGCAGAGGAAGACUAUCAGGACCAUCUUGGAAUACGCCGACAGUGUGUUCACCUACAUCUUCAUCCUGGAGAUGCUGCUCAAGUGGGUCGCUUACGGAUUCCACAAGUACUUCACCAACGCCUGGUGCUGGCUUGACUUCUUCAUCGUCGAUGUGUCUAUAAUCAGUCUGGUAGCUAAUGCACUGGGCUACUCGGAUCUAGGUCCUAUUAAAUCACUAAGGACACUAAGGGCCUUGAGACCCCUCAGAGCCUUGUCGCGUUUUGAAGGGAUGAGGGUUGUAGUCAACGCCCUGGUGGGAGCCAUCCCCUCCAUUAUGAAUGUGUUGCUGGUUUGCCUCAUCUUUUGGCUGAUUUUCAGUAUCAUGGGAGUCAACUUGUUUGCGGGCAAGUAUUACUACUGUUUCAACCAGACAGCAGAGGAGUACUUUGACGCCACAGAGGUCAACAACAAGACACAGUGCCUGGCCCUCAUUGAACAGAACUUCACUGAGGUCAGGUGGAAGAAUGUCAAGAUCAACUUUGACAAUGUUGGCGCCGGAUACCUGGCUCUGCUUCAAGUGGCAACAUUCAAAGGCUGGAUGGACAUCAUGUACGCAGCCAUAGACUCCAGAAGAGUGGAGGACCAGCCCAUCUAUGAAGACAACAUCUACAUGUAUAUCUACUUUGUCAUCUUCAUCAUCUUUGGAUCCUUCUUCACCCUCAACCUCUUCAUCGGUGUCAUCAUUGACAACUUCAACCAACAGAAGAAAAAGUUUGGAGGUCAGGACAUCUUCAUGACAGAGGAACAGAAGAAGUACUACAACGCCAUGAAGAAACUGGGUUCAAAGAAGCCCCAGAAACCCAUUCCCAGACCACAGAACAAGAUCCAAGGGUUGGUGUUUGACUUUGUGACCCAGCAAGUCUUCGACAUCUCCAUUAUGAUGUUGAUCUGCCUAAACAUGGUCACCAUGAUGGUGGAGACAGACGACCAGUCGGACGAGACGGAGAACAUCCUCUAUUGGGUCAACUUCAUCUUCAUCGUGGCAUUCACCACCGAGUUCGUCCUGAAACUCUUCGCCCUGCGCCACUACUACUUCACCAAUGGCUGGAACGUGUUCGACACGGUCGUCGUCGUCCUGUCCAUCGCGGGAAUGUUCCUGGCUGACAUCAUUGAGAAGUACUUCGUAUCGCCGACCCUCUUCAGGGUCAUCCGAUUGGCUCGAAUCGGCCGCAUCCUGCGUCUGAUCAAAGGGGCCAAGGGCAUACGGACUUUACUCUUCGCCUUGAUGAUGUCACUUCCUGCCCUGUUCAACAUCGGCCUCCUGCUCUUCCUGGUGAUGUUCAUCUUCAGCAUCUUCGGAAUGUCCAACUUCGGCUACGUCAAACACGGGGCCGGGAUAGACGACAUGUAUAACUUUGAGACCUUCGGGAACAGCAUGAUCUGCUUAUUCAUGAUCACCACGUCUGCAGGCUGGGAUGGUCUCUUGCUCCCCAUCCUCAACUACCCUCCUGACUGCGACUCAACUCUGGAGAACCCAGGUGCACCUGCGACAGGCAACUGCGGCAACCCCUCAGUUGGCAUAUUUUUCUUUGUGAUGUAUAUCAUUAUUUCCUUCCUUGUCGUAGUCAAUAUGUACAUCGCCAUCAUCUUAGAGAAUUUCAGUGUAGCAACAGAAGAGAGCGCCGACCCGCUCAGUGAAGACGACUUUGAGACGUUCUAUGAAAUCUGGGAGAAAUUUGACCCCGCCGCUUCCCAGUUCAUCACCUUCGCAAAGCUGGGUGACUUCGCAGACACCCUGGAGCACCCUCUCCGCAUUCCCAAACCCAACACCAUCGAGCUGAUCGCCAUGGACAUGCCCAUGGUGAGCGGCGACCGCAUCCACUGCCUGGACAUCCUGUUUGCCUUCACCAAGCGUGUGCUGGGCGACAGUGGCGAGCUGGACAUGCUACGCACGCAGAUGGAGGAGCGCUUCGUGCAGGCCAACCCCUCCAAGGUGUCGUACGAGCCCAUCACCACGACACUGCGCCGGCGCCAGGAGGACAUAUCCGCACGCUGCAUCCAGAAAGCCUACCGCGCUCACCUCCUCAAACGGGGCUUCAUCUGCAAGUGCAGGCCCAAGACCAAGCUGGAAAACGGAGGGACCAACAACCAGGAGAAGAAAGAGAGCACAGCCUCCACCUCCUCUCUUCCCUCAUACGACAGCGUGACCAAACCUGACAAGGUGAAACAGGAAGAGAACGAGGGAGAGAGGAGAGAGAAGGACAGAAAUCAAAAAGAUGAGCGGGAAUCUAAAUUUUAGUCAGGGUUCAGUGACUGUCAUUAUUACAAUACUACACACAGCCAGAAGGGACUCUGACCCCAAUAAACAGACAUUAUUACAAUACUACACA